GUGUCUUAACACUAACCAAUCGUAGGCACCGCUGUCAUACCAUGGCUUCCCAAAUUUCGGUGUGCGAUGUAUUUCUUGCAACUUUGCUUUUUUGUGUGUGGAGAAAUUUAUUUUUAAAGAUAGCGACAUCGGACUGUAUUAAUUCAGUGAAUUAGACAUGAUGCCGGAGACAAACAGCGAACAUGCAUCAAUGAUCACGUGCACUGCGCCAGUAAAUAUUGCGGUCAUUAAAUACUGGGGUAAACGGGACGAAGUGCUGAUCCUACCAGUUAACUCCUCACUUAGUGUCACUCUGCAUCAAGACCAGCUUAAAACGACUACAACAGUUGCAUGCAGCAGAGAUUUCCAAGAGGACCGUAUCUGGUUGAAUGGCAAAGAGGAAGAUAUUAACCAGCCAAGACUGCAGUCUUGCCUUAGAGAGAUCAGACGGUUAGCACGGAAGAGGCGCAGCAAUGGCGAUCCUAGCUCUGACGUCAGUUUGUCUCAUAGAGUCCAUAUCUGUUCUGUCAACAACUUCCCAACUGCGGCUGGUCUGGCGUCCUCUGCAGCUGGCUAUGCCUGCCUGGUGUACUCCCUGUCUCGCUUGUUUGGAGUGGACAGUGAGCUGUCCCUGGUGGCACGGCAGGGCUCAGGGAGUGCCUGCAGGAGCCUGUAUGGAGGUUUUGUCCAGUGGAAGAUGGGUGAGAGGCAGGAUGGCAAAGACAGUCUGGCUGAGCAGGUGGAACCUGAGUCUCACUGGCCAGAGCUCAGAGUUCUGGUCCUGGUGGUUACUGCAGAGCGGAAGCCUGUUGGAAGCACUUCUGGCAUGAAGACCAGUGUGGAAACGAGCACACUGUUAAAGUACCGUGCAGACAGCGUGGUUCCAGGUAGGAUGGAGGAAAUGAUCAGUGCUAUCCGGAGACGAAACUUUGCAGACUUCGGUGAGCUCACCAUGAAGGAUAGUAAUCAGUUUCAUGCCACCUGCCUGGACACCUACCCUCCCAUAUUCUAUCUAGGCGACAUAUCCCAAAAGGUCAUCGGCCUGGUGCAUCACUACAAUCGGCAUUACCAAGAGACCCGAGUGGCAUAUACAUUCGAUGCUGGUCCUAAUGCUGUGAUUUACACCUUGCAAGACUAUGUUCAGGAAUUUGUCGAGGUGGUUCGACAUUUUUUUCCUCCAGAAUCCAAUGGUGGCGAGUUUGUGAAAGGCCUUCCUAUUGGCCGUGCCUCACUGUCUGAAGAGCUGAUUAGAGCCAUUGGGGUGGAGUCUGUACCAAAGGGCAUCAGCUACAUCAUCAGCACUAAGGCUGGCCCUGGUCCAUGUAUGGUGAAGGACCCAGACUUUCACUUGUUGGGUCCAGAUGGACUUCCAAAGAAAAGUACCUGAGUAUUAAUGGAUGGCAUGCAGCACCAAAGUCUGACAUCGAAUCAAAAGUAUGAAUAAAUGCAUAAUUUAACCUAAAUGUUAAAUAUUGGAGAAUGAUAUGGUUUUUAUAAACAACUGUAUUGCAUUUGGAUAAUAUCUGGAAUUGGGUUUUGUUUUUUUUUACCAAAAGUGCAAGAAUAUGUCUUUACACAUGUAUGUAUAUACAUUAAUUUCAGGCAGAUCUUUUAAUGCAUUUUUAUAGUUUGUGAAUAUUCUUUUAAUGACAUUCAAAUAUAUAUAUAUAUAUAUUUUUUUGUUGUUGUUGUUGUUGUUGUUGUUGUUGUUGCUGACAUGACUCUGGCUCUUGAUUUUUCUUUCUUUCGUUUCCUUUAUCUCACAAUUAAACCCACUCUAGCACCUGA